GUGAACAGGACUCGAGUGACAGCAAUUGCUCCGAAGCCAACAUCCUCAAAACUACUGUUGCAAUAUAUAUCUCCAUCGCCGUGUCGUCCAAUUACUCCACCACCACUAUUGCGACUGGCACUGCCAAUUCCGUUCCUCCCGUUGGUAGUAACAUGUCUUGUGAUGGUAUUGGUACUGGCGCUACUGGUGCUGGUGCUACCAAUAUCAGUGCUAACAAUAAGAAACAGAAGAUGUCUCCUCCCUUCGAUUCUCUUCUGUUUGCUGACGAUGCAAUUUGGAUUGGCCAGAUUCUAUCAUUUGUUGGUGUUGGACAUUAACAUUUUGUAGGAGCUGCCAACAAGAAGAUGAAUCAACUUUACAAAGAGUACUGCAAAAUUGAACUAGAGAAAAAUCCAAGAAUGGUAAAAGAUGACCCUCUAGAGUAUUCUCCAAGUCGCUCUGCAGGAAGCACUGAUACUCAUUACAACGAAACAUUCUGUAACCAGCUAGGUGCAGAAUACUGGCUCAGGGAAAAUUCUAGCAAUAAGAGGCCUCAUCUUUAUGAUGUUUGUACCGCAAUUGCGACAGUUGGAUUUCUUACUGUCAUGAAAUGGGCGCAACGAAAAGGAUUCCCAUGGGAUGAGUGGACAUGUGCCUAUGCUGCUGGAAAUGGAAACUUGGAAAUGGUCCAAUGGCUGCAUACAAACGGUUGUCCAUGGGAUGAACGGACGUGUGAAUGUGCUGCUGAUAAUGGACAUUUGGAAAUUCUUAAGUGGGCUUGUAAAAAUGGUUGUCCAUGGACGAUACAAUUGGUGUGUCCACGAGCUGCUCGACGCGGACAUUUGAAAAUUUUAAAGUGGGCACAUGGAAAUGGUAGUCCAUGGGAUGCAUUGACAUGUGCCUAUGCUGCUGAAGAUGGACAUUUGGAAAUUCUGAAAUGGGCUCGUGAAAACGGUUGUCGGUGGAAUGAACGAACAUGUGCUGGAGCUGCAAAAAAUGGACAUUUGGAAAUUUUGAAGUGGGCUCGACAAAAUGGUUGUCCAUGGGAUGAAUGGACGUGCCAUGGUACUGCUAAAGGUGGCCAUUUGGAAACUUUGAAGUGGGCUCGUGAAAAUUUUUGCCCAUGGUGUGAAGCAACAUGUUCCUCUGCUGCUCGACACGGACAUUUGGAAGUUUUAAAGUGGGCUCAUGGAAAUGGUUGUCCAUGGGAUGACUUGACAUGUACCUAUGCUGCUGCUGAAGAAGGACAUCUUGAAAUUCUAAAGUGGGUUUUGAAGUGGGCUCGUGAAAACGACUGUCCAUGGGAUGAACAGACAUAUGAAGCUGCCUGCGAGGACAACCACAGCCAAGUGAUCCAGUGGCUACGUGACAAUGGCUGCCCUAUGUAUCAUGACGAAGGACACUACUAGUAACAUCAUUUAGUAUGGUAAGGUUAGGAAUUGAAUCAAGAGUAGACAAUGCUCAGGUUGGUUAGUGUGUUCUGGUUCCAUAAGAAUUUUUUAAUGUAUGUCCACAACACUGCUUCUACGUACGCCUUCUUUUAAAAUAAGAAUCAGCAAAAACUUUUGGA